AAAUGUUUGACAAUAUAUAACAUUGGUUCUCAUUAAAUGACCUGAGGGCAAUAGGAAGCUCUAUUUCACCUAUGGACUUUAGCGAUUUCCUACUCCAUCAGUCCUGAGUGUAUAUUCAUAACUGGCUGAAUUGCCCAUCACACAUGUCUUAUACAUGGCUACCCCAUCUUCUAUAAAACCAGUGAAAUGUUCCUUUUAGAUAUUUGGAUGUAGAUGUUUAAUAGCAUUAUUGGUUCUUAUAAAUUUCCUCACCCCAUGUUUUGUGUGUGAGUACUUGAUCCUUAUUUUGAAUCUGGCAGCAGUGACGUGGUUGAAAUGAGGAACUCGCUAUGUUUGAAAUUAUGGUUCCAGAUCUAUGUGCCGUAUUGUAGUGUUUGAGCGUUUUGCUCAAUUGAUUGAGAUUUUGGAUUUGAAUUUGGAAAUUAGGUAAAGGGAGACUGAUUUAAUGUCCUGUUAAGAAAUCUGGAGUCUAUGCCACACGGAUUCAUAUGAGUAAAUGGUGUUAAUCUACCUCCUAAGGGAGACAAAUCUAGCGACGAUUGAGAGAUGAGAAUUUAUUGGAUUUUGUAAUUACCUGUUUUGUGAACAAAUUUUUUCUAGUGUUCAGCGACACAGACUUUGUUAAUGUGGUGUAUAACUAUGACGAAUAAUGAUUGGUGAAUAAUGGUUGGUGUUGCAACAAAUUUAGCAAUCUAUUUUCUUAUUAAUGUUCAUACCUAUUUCUGAGCUACUCCACUUGAACGGCUUUCAAGGCUUCAAUAGGUUAGAGAUGUAAAAUCUGCUGUAUUUAAAAUUGGGACCUGAAGAGAGCUCACCUUGGUUAGUGUAAAAGGAAUAAAAUGAUGGGAGCCUAUGCUUGUCCCUUUUGGUUAUAGGACAACAAAAUUGAAAAAAAAUGUUCUCAGGCAUUUUACCAGUACCAUUCUGCUUUUGUAGGCUGGGGGGGUUUAACCUUUGGAUUUUCAGGCCAAACCUUUGGAUGAGUCUUUUGUGAUAUGGCUGAUGAGAAACUCUGUAGCAAAUUGCAGUGUAAACCUAGAGUCUUCCACUUUAUUUUAAAUACGUUACUGGCAGACGUAUUUCAAUGUGGGUAUUUAGGUUUUGGUAGAAUUCUACUUAAUAUAUCUAAAAUAAUAAUGUUAUGUGAAGUUGCUGUGAAUGUAGCUUUCAUUGUUCCAGUGUAGCAAGCUGAUUUGUAUAUUGCUUAAACCCAACCAAGAAUUGAUCUGGCGUGGCAGAGCUAUGAGUGUGUUUAAAGGUUCCAAUGGAAUCAUAUCGGAUAAUGAACUGCUGCCACAAAGUGAUGUAUAUGAUCUAACUGUAGAGACUAAGAGGGAAGUUUGCGAACCUCAAAAAGACAGCCGGUUUCUGCCAUUGAACAGAAGAUUCUUUCAGUGUGAGGCUAAUGACUUUGCUUUACCUGGUGCUACAGAGACAUUAGGCAAUUAUUCAGCUACCAGAAGUACAGAAAGCUCCAGAUGGUCUCUUCCCAGCGACCAUUUUAAAACUGAUCCCAAAAGUAAGACUGGAAUUAAUUUGAAUAUUGAUUCUCAUCAUCCGGGCAGCAGCGAAGGAGAGGAUGAUGACUCAGCUAUACAUUUUUCAUUGCAAGAAGAAGGAAGAUUAAGUAGAAGGUUGGAUACCAUACUUUCAGAGUUAGAGAAAGACGUUGAUUAUCUCAGUGGGCUUCAAUCAUAUCUCUCUGCUGUGAUUCAUGAUGGCAACAGUCAGCAAAUUGAGCAGCCAUGCUCAGUGUCAUUAGACAAUCUGUCCAAUACAAGUCCCAGUGUUGAACAACAAUAUGCUGAAUUGGCAGAGAACAAAAAAACAUUAGCAAUAAGAAGCAUGGAAGAAAAUGGAUAUGUUGAUAUUGAGGUUAAAAAAGACAGCAAACCUGAUAAGGCCUCAAUGGUUUUUGAGGAUGAAGGAGAUGUUUACUGUAGUAAGACAGAGCAACCAAGUUCAUCAGAAAUAGGGUUCUGUUGUAAGACAGAGCAAGCAAGUUCCUCAGAAAUGGUGGUAAGACCAAAAGUUAGAAGUAAAAAAAUUGAAAGCCAAUCUAAACAAAAUCUCCAUCCACCUGAUGAUGUGGAAUAUGGCUAUAGUGUAAGACAAGUAGCAACUGACAUUGAGUGUUGUGGAUCAAAUUGUGCCUUUGGGAAUUGCAGGAAUAGUGAUUCAAAGGUUAGAUCCUGGGAGUCUGGAUCUGAUGGGAUGAAAAUUGACGUUAAUGUGAAUAAACAGACCACCACCCAACUACAAGAGGAGUCUAAAAAUACUUCAUGUGAAAACAACUUCUGGGAGGAGAUUGAAAAUGAUUGUCUUGGAUUCACUGAUUGUAACAAAGAUGAAGAGAGCAGUUCUGAAUGCAGUGAUGGGGAAUUGUCGUCAAUAUGGACCCCUGAUUUUGCUUUAGAGCAAGCACAAUCGUCCAGUGACGAGAGCUGGGAGACUUUACCGGGAGCUGAUGAACUACAGACUGAAAUAAUCAGCACUAGCAGCAGCCUGGAUGAUGAGUCUUUUAAACACUGGUUCAAUGCAGGAGAACAGACCUCGUUGGAAGAAGGAGAAAUUCCUUGGGUAACCUACAAUGAAGACAGUGAUGGUAGCAGUAGCAGUGCUGAUGAGGCUGAAGGCCUGGGUCCAUUUGUGCAUUCAGGGCUUGUAAUUUUGGAUGGUAACAACAACCUUGAAGAUGAUUCGAGCAUGAGUGAAGAUUUAGACAUGGAGUGGAGGAGGGUUCCUCUGGAGUAUGAUGAAGUGUAUCUCACUGUUGUGGGAGAUGUCGCAAGGCUGCUUUCUGCUUGGUUGCUGGAUGAGCUUGGAGAAGGACUUGCAGCUCAAGCCAUUUCAUCCGUUGAUCCGCAACUUCUUACAUUUAUGGCUCUUGAAGAGCGAUUGGCUCAGGCCAUGCAGGCUGCCUUGGCACACCUCGAGUCUUUGGCGAUAGAUGGGGAACAAGCUCCACCUCCAGCUACCAAGGACACAAUUGAAAAAUUACCACAAAUUUCAGUUACCGAGGAACAAAAUGGCCUAGAGCAGUCCUGUGCCAUCUGCUGCAGUGAAUAUGUGAAAGAGGAGUUGGUAACUGAAUUGCCUUGCCACCAUCUAUUUCACGGACCAUGCGUGACCCUUUGGUUACAGAAGUCCGGGACAUGUCCUGUGUGUCGCCACGUACUUACAUCUACACUUACAGAAACCUCUACCGCAGCUGCGACUACUACUGCUGCAUUUCUGUCAGAACCAGGCAGCCCUCCACCACGUGAUGGGCCAGCAAUCCGAUGAAGGCCACAAUUUGCCCACAAGAAGCAUGAAGGGACCUGCACUAUUUAUAUAGAAGCAGAAAGUAUGUAAAAAUAUGUUCAUGAUUUUGCUCGUAGGCUUAUUUGUUAGAAGCCGGCAGAACUGUGUUAUUACUGGUGAGGUGAUUAAUUCUGCAUUAUGUAAUGUAAAAAUUCCAUUUUGCUUGUAUUUUUGUGACAGAAGUUAGACCUUUGUUGUUAAUAUUUUUGGGGUUGGGUCUAUGAUGUGUUUGUUUUAAUCAUAUUUAAAUGCAAUCUGUAUUUGUUUUUUAAAUCAUGUUGUUUGAUGCAUAUAUGUAUAUAAUUGCACAGAAACAUUAAGACACAAAUGUAUUAAGUUAAAUUUGUUUCUGCAAGUAAUUCUGAGGUGUUUCUUCUUGUUUUUGUCUGAUGCGGUAGCACACUGAAUUGCAAAGGGUGAUGGACUGAGAGGAAGUGGUCUUAUUUCCAUGGGAUAAAAGGCUUUUUUUCUUUCAAUGUGAUGGUACAAUGGCAGUACAUGAGGACAUCAUCUGAUACCACAACAGUAUUGACACUUGUUUCACCAUCAAUAAACUGCAUUAUUGAAAAUUCAA